AUGGAUGCAAUUCUGAAUCUUGAAGCACUGCCUUUGGGAACUGCAAUUACAGCUGCUGUUCUUGUCGUCAUCACUUUGUUGUUCAUCCGAGGAUAUUUGAAUGAUCAUAAGAGGAGAUCCUCGGGCCUCCCUUCUCCACCAGAGGUGCCAGGGCUUCCAUUGAUUGGAAAUUUACUGCAAUUAAAAGAGAAGAAACCUUACAGGACUUUUACCAAAUGGGCCGAGGAAUAUGGUCCUGUCUAUUCUAUCAGAACAGGUUGCAACUCUAUGGUUGUACUUAACUCCAAUGAUGUUGCUAAGGAGGCUAUGGUGACAAGAUUCUCAUCCAUUUCAACAAGAAAGCUAUCGAAUGCGUUAAAGAGCCUUACUUCUGAUAAAAGUAUGGUUGCAAUGAGUGAUUAUGGUGAAUUUCACAAGAUAGUAAAACGGCAUAUACUCACAAGUACUUUGGGACCUAAUGCACAGAAACAGCAUCGUGUUCACAGGGAUACCAUGAUAAUAAACAUUUCUGAACAAUUACAUGCUCGUGUAGAAAAGGAUCCUCUUCAACCUGUAUACCUUCGGAAUAUAUUCGAGCCUGAGCUUUUUGGAUUGGCACUGAAAGAAGCUCUUGGAAAGGAUAUUGAGUCGGUUUAUGUUGAGGAACUUGGAAUGACCCUGUCAAAAGGAGAGAUAAUGAAGAUAUUAGUGCAUGAUCAAAUGGAGGGUGCUAUUGAGGUGGAUUGGAGAGAUUUUUUUCCUUACCUAAGGUGGAUUCCCAACAAAAGCUUCGAAAAUAAAAUUCAGCAGAUGUGUUUCCGUAGGACAGCUGUGAUGAAGGUUCUCAUUAAUGAGCAGAGGAGACGAAUUGAUUGCGGCAAGGAACUCAACUGCUACAUUGACUACUUGUUAUCCAAAGCAAAAAUUCUUUCGGAGCAACAAAUACUUAUGCUGCUAUGGGAAGCCAUAAUUGAAACAUCAGACACUACUUCACUCACCACAGAAUGGGCCAUGUAUGAACUUGCAAAAGAUCCAGAGAGACAGGAUCGUCUUUAUAUGGAGAUUCGAAAUGUCUGUGGAUAUGAAAAAAUCACAGAGGAAAAGUUAAUCCAACUUCCGUACUUGUCUGCUGUUUUUCAUGAAACUUUGAGAAAGCACAGUCCUGCACCUAUAGUUCCUCUUAGAUAUGUUCAUGAAGAUACACAAGUAGGAGGAUACUACAUUCCAGCUGAAACCGAGAUUUGUAUAAAUAUUUUCGGGUGCAAUAUGGACAAAAAAUUGUGGGAGUGUCCUGAACAGUGGCAGCCUGAAAGAUUUCUGAAUGAGAAAUAUGAUCCAAUGGAUAUGCACAAGACAAUGGCUUUUGGAGCUGGAAAGAGGGUAUGUGCAGGCUCUCUCCAGGCAAUGUUGAUUUCUUGUAUAGCCAUUGGGAGAUUAAUACAAGAGUUCAAAUGGAGACUGAAGGAGGGAGAAGAAGAAAAUGUUGACACUCUUGGGCUUACUACUCGAAAACUUCAUCCAAUGCAAGCAAUCUUAAAGCCAAGAAAUUGA